CUGUUUCAUGCCGAAAGCAGGAUGGUGGACAAGCAGACAUUGAAGCUUGUCUUAAGUUUGCUAGCUCCAUGCCAUCUCUCACCCAACCCUGUCAGGUGCCCUGCCAGGAAGACUGUCAACUCAGCAGCUGGUCCAAGUUUUCUUCCUGUACAGCAGAUUGUGUGGGUGUCAGAACCCGCAAAAGGAUGCUAGUAGGGAGAAGUAGAAAGCAUGACCAGUGUAAAAACAACCAGCUGUAUCCCCUAAGUGAGACCCAGUACUGCCCAUGUAAUAAAUACAAUGCCCAGCCUGUAGGCAACUGGUCGGACUGUAUCCUAUCCGAGGGUGGUCGCAUGGAGGGUCAGCUUGGCAUGAAGAUACAAGGUGACAUCAAAGAGUGUGGCCAAGGGUACCGCUACCAAGCCAUGGUGUGCUAUGACCAAGACAACAGGAUAGUGGAGACUUCUCGAUGCAACAGCCACGGGUAUAUCGAGGAAGCCUGCAUCAUUCCUUGUCCAUCUGACUGCAAACUAAGUGAGUGGUCCAACUGGUCUCGCUGUAGCAAAUCAUGUGGCAGUGGGGUCAAAGUUCGCUCUAAAUGGCUCCGAGAAAAACCAUACAAUGGUGGCAGACCUUGCCCUAAAUUGGACCAUGUCAACCAGGCUCAAGUCUAUGAGGUGGUGCCUUGCCUCAGUGACUGUGGGCAGUAUGUGUGGGUGGCAGAGCCUUGGAGUGUGUGGAAAGUCAGCAAUGUGGACCUGAAUGACAACUGUGGUGAAGGUGUUCAAACCCGAAACGUCAA